CCUCCUUGUACACUGAGUAAUUUCAGAGCAGAGCUACUUACCUGCCCUAUGUCCACAGCUAGCCCAGGUGAGUGAUGACUACUCCCUCCCCCUACACAGUUAUGACCCAGCUACAAACUCUCCCUACUGCUGCAUGCUUCUUAUUCAAGCUGGCGCCAGGAUGACGUCACUUCCUGCUUUAUGUCAGGACACUGGAAGUGCUUGUUCUUGCCAGGUCGUGCAUGGCUCCCGGGGAGAGCAGGGCGCAGGAUGGCUGUGGCUGUAAAGGAAUCCGGUCGUGUUUGCUGUGUGAGGACGGAGUUGGAGGAGCAGCAGCUCCCCAGAGUGUAACAAGUCGGGUAAAUAGAUCUAUCUCGGCUCUGUCUUAGUGUUGCCUCACUGUAUGUGAAUGUUUUAGACUGCCUGUCCUAUCAUGCUCAGCCAGCCACUGGGUUGAAUCAGGUCAGAUUAUAUAUAUAUAUAAAACAGCUGGAUUGCUACUGAGCACCCACCGCCUUCCUGCAAAUUGUGAUCAGAAACACCGUAUACUAGAACAGGGGUAGGCAGCCUUCGGCACUCCAGAUGUUUUGGACAUUUCCCCUGAUGCUAAGAGCAUUAUGGGAGAUGUAGUCCACAUCAUCUGGAGUGCGGAAGGUUAUCUAGCCCUGUACUGGAAUUCCAAUCUUGGUUCAGUUAAAGGGACACUCCAGGCAACCAGACCACUUCUGCCCAUUGGAGUGGUCUGGGUGCCAACUCCCACUACCCUUAACCCUGCAAGUGUAAUUAUUGCAGUUUUUUAUAAACUGCAAUAAUUACCUUGCAGGGUUAACUCCUACACAGCCACUAGAGGGCACUUUCUGCUCUAUAGCACAGAAAGCCUGUGCUAGAGCGUCGCUGGACGUCCUCACGCUGUGUGAGGACCUCCAGCAUCGCUCAAUUCCCCAUAGGAAAGCAUUGAAACAGUGUUUACAUUGCUGCCUAGUAACACCUCUAGUGACAGUCACUCAGACGGCCAUUAGAGGUUAUACCUGGGUCAGUGCUGGAGUGUGCAGCACCUAAAUUAAAGAUCGCCAUAGGGAUGCAUUGAUCCAAUGCACCUCUAUGAGGAGUUUAUUGGCGCAGCGUAGUGUUUUGCCACGCAUGCGCAAUAUUCUCCCAAUGCAGUCCUAUAGGGAAGCAUUGGAUUGGCUGAGAUCAUCAAAAUUGACACCAGCCGCAGAAUCAGCAACAAUGUGUAGGGGGAAAAAGUGAGUAAAAACCCCUUUCCCAUGUGAUUGGAGGGGGGCAUGUCAUCUAAACAUACACACCCUUUGACAGACACACACACUGAUUUGAUACACACACACUCCCUAAUUUGGGAGGCUGGGGUCCAGUGGGGCUGCUGUCAUUUCCAUGCUCUGGUCCCUAGAGCGCUGUUUAGUGAUGUAAGGGCUGGAGUGACGUCACAUUCCGGCUCCCGGCAGCACUGGAGGACAUGCAAGGGAACAGAGCAGGGAGAUGACGGGUCCCUCACCGCCUCCCUCAGCUCUCCAUGAGCCGACCGCCCACUUGCCUGCCUGUCUCCGAUCGCCAUGAGACGCCUGCCGCCUCCACUCCUAGGCAGCCGGUCACUUCUAGGGCUGAAAAGGCUCACAAAGCCCAGGGGUCCUGGAAUUUGUCAAUCCCUGUGUUAUGCUUCCAGUUUGCCUACUUUGCCUACUUUGGCCUUCAACUUUGAAUUAACUUUACAUUUCUGACAAAUCUCAAUUUCUUCAGUAACUUUUCUCACUUUGAAUUCUCUGUGUCUAUUUCAGAAUGUAUGCAAACUGUUUUCCUCUAUUAAUAUUUUUCAGAGCGUGGCAGUUAUUUUCCUUACCAUAUGUCUAAAUUGUUUUGCAGAGAAGGUCAUUUAUCUACAGUCCAGUUGAAGGCAUUGCUCUUGGAAUAGAAAACACAGAAUCAUCUGGUUGGGGCUUUCCAUUCCCUGGAGUGUGUUUAAUUCAAGAUUUUGUGACAGAAGAUGAAGAGCGAGAACUUGUGCAAUUUAUGGAUCAAGAAGAGUGGAAGCUUUCACAGUCUGGUAGACGAAAACAGGUGAAAAUGCUAGAGUUUGACAAAGGAAAAGGCAGAAACAUUUAUUUAUGUAUUUUUUACAAGUAGAGUUUUUAUAAUUUAAAAGGACCUUACUGGCACCAAUACAAAUUUAAGAAUACCUUGAUUGGCAGUUGAGUUGUCAUGUCGGCGGCUGGGCUGACGUGUACACUGCAUAUUUACCAAUAAAUGAGACCUUAUAUGAAAAGAGGAAGAGUAACUAUGCUACGUAAAUCUGCAAAACAUCUUAGUUUUGCUUUGGAAAAAUAAUUGUAUUUAAAAACUAUUUAAAAAAAAAAAUACUGUAUAAGCAUGAUGUCAAAACCUUAAAUUAAAUGUACUUAAAGGGACUCUCCAGUGCCAGGAAAACAAACCGUUUUCCUGGCACUGCAGAUCCCCUCUCCCUCCCCGCCCCCCCAUCCCAGGUUGCUGAGGGGGUUACCUGUAUGUCCCUCGGCGCUGGUUCAGGGUCCGCCUACGCUCCUCCCCCGCUGACGUCAUCCAGCGGGGGAGACCUAUGGAGCAUGUGUGGCCGGCGGCGGGGAAGACCUAAUGCGCAUGCGCGGCAAUAGACCUUGCCAUGGGACCUCCCCAAAAUGCUUUCAAUACUUUCCUAUGGGGAUUUCAGCGAAUUUUCAUGUGCUAUAAACACGGACGUUAACCCUGCAAGGUAAAUAUUGCAGUUUAUGAAAACUGCAAUAAUUACACUUGCAGGGUUAAGGGUAGUGGGAGUUGGCCCCCAGACCACUCCAAUGGGCAGAAGUGGUCUGGGUGCCUGGAGUGUCCCUUUAAUUGUGUGUCUCCAGAGUGUCUCUUUAAAUGAACACACCAAACACCAUAACCACUUGCUCACACUGUAGAGGUUAUGGUGUCCUGGUACACUCCAUUUUAAGUAGUCAAGCUUUUUUUUUUUUAGACCUAGUCGGAAAUUAGUUGGUGGUUUUAGAAAACCUUGAAACUGUGCUUUUAAGAUCUUCAUGCUCCCGAACAACCUUAUAUGUACCCAGACACGCAGGGGUCCUGGGACUUCCCAACCUCACACAGUACCAACACGCAGCCCACCUUCCACGAAUACAACACUGGCACCUUCCCCCCUGCCUGUAAGCGGUGGGUGGACUUAGAACACCUCAUCUUUGGCCGCGACCAUCCCUCCCUUUAUAUCUGGCUCCCGAAACAGCAUAUGCCGCUGCCAACCCCCACCUCACGAGCCAUCACCUAUUCCUUAGACCUCUGAGACCGCCUCAGCGACAAAUUCGACCUAUCCACAGGCCUAUCCCCCCUCACCCCAAUUCUCCACAACAAAAUGUUCCCACCAGGCCUAACCCUGCAACACUAUGCACAAUAGGGACAUCAUCAGACUAGGGCACUUAUACCCCAAUGGUGAACUGCUACAAUAUGCCGACAUCCCCAACUUCAACACUAUAACCACCUUUGACAAUUUCCGAUACCUCCAACGCCGCAGCUUCGCCACAUCCGCCCUCACCAAGUUCGAAUGGGACAGCCUUUGCUCCCCCUCCCGAAAAAGCCAGAUAUCUGACCUAUACAUGACACUGACCACACACGACUCACAAAUCAUCUUACCAUACAUCAAGGCCUGGGAAAAAGACCUAGGCUCCCCAGACGACCCCACAGACUGGGCUGACAUCUGGAUGGCCAUCAAAUCAAUAUCAAUUUGCGUUACCCACACAGAACAAGCCUACAAAAUGCUUUUCAGGUGGUACCUUACCCCCAUCCGCCUUGUGGCAAUGAAACACAUCCCCACCAACCUUUACUGGAAAAUGUGCGGCGAAACGGGGACAUUCAUCCACUGCUGGUGGACCUGUCCCAAGCUCACCCCCCUUUGGAAGACCAUCUCAGACCUCCUAACAAGGUUGCUCUCCAGACCAGUCCCUCUGGAUCCUUGGGCCCUACUACUCUCGAAACCCAUUGCCCCUUUUACCCGCAACUAAAACAAACUCAUUGCCCUAGCCACCCACUGAGCGAUAGCAUAGGUGUACCCCAGGCACAUUUGACCCACAAACUAUACCUCAGAUUGGCUUCACCACUUCAAGCAGAACUGGUUACCGUCCCUACUUGAGGCCCAACUCCCCAGUCAGACCUCUCGCCCCUAAAGAGAGCCAUGACGGACGAACCUAGCCUUCUCACCAGCCGUGUGACCCCCAACAUACACCAGACCACACAAAACCGGUAUAGACCUGAUGAUACUACCUGUAUUUUAUGUGCCAUGUCAAUGAACGUUAAGACCGAUGUUAUGUCUUAAUGUUACUACUUCAUUACUCUUCCUUUCUGUAAAAUAGUCUUUUCAAAAACAAUAAAUAAAGAAUCUUUAAAAAAAAAAAAAGAAGAUCUUUAUGCUCAAUAGUCGUAAAGACUUUAUGAUAACACUUGCGGCCGCCCAUUGUAAGAGAGCACAAAAGUAAUUUGACAAAUAACAGGCACUCACAGGCUCGUGGCCCUAUAGCCACUCCAAUAAGCUGGAGUUAUGUUUAAGUGCACCUAAGUAACAGUUUCUUAAAAUGCACUGUAUUUUUGCAGUUUGUCACAUUCAUAAAAGGAAAAAAAUGACACUACAUAAAGCAAUUAACAAAUUAAAUUGAUUUUAAUUCCUUUUAUAUUUUUUUUUUUGCAGGAUUUUGGUCCAAAGGUGAACUUCAAGAAACAGAGGCUAAAAGUUGGUAACUUCACAGGCCUUCCUAGUUAUAGCCAAGCCCUUUACCGUAGGAUGAAGCAGUAUGCUGCUCUUGAAGGAUUUCUGCCUGUUGAGCAAUGUAAUUUAGAUUACAACCAAGACAGAGGAUCAGCCAUUGACCCACACUUUGAUGAUUCUUGGCUAUGGGGUGAACGAUUAGUUAGUUUGAAUCUUCUGUCAAGUACUGUGCUCACUAUGACAAGCGACUCUAUAGACGGAAUCCAACUGUUGCCUAUUGUAGAUAGCAGUUCAGAGUUAAACAAUAUUAAAUCUAACCAUUGCAGUGGCAUAGACAUUACACAGUCUUCCUUUCAAGAGAAUGCAGUGGAUGGUAAACCCCAGGCUAAGGUAAUUCCAUAUAGUGAUGUAGACGUUGCUAUACAUUUACCACGAAGAUCCUUAGUUGUUGUAUAUGGAGAUGCUCGAUACAAAUGGAAGCAUGCUAUUCACCGUGAAAACAUCAAGCAACGCAGAGUUUGUAGCACCUUCAGAGAAUUGUCCGCAGAAUUUAGUUCAGGCGGCAAGGAAGAGAAACUUGGACAAAUGUUACUAGAAAUAGCACUUGGCUUCCAGGGAACAUCCGUUUAAUGUUAGCAUGAAAAUACAUGUAUCUAGUACUCUCCUUUCUCAGUUGUAAAAUGCGCCCAGAAGAAAAUAUGAUAUGAUAGCAAUUUAUAACAUAGCCGCUAAAACAAGUAGAAUGAAAAUAGAAUGGAUGAAUGUUACUGAAGAAAUGAGAAUCUUUGCAGGAUAUCACAAAUAAUCAUAAACCAUAGUGGUGUAAAUAAGAUAACCCUCAGCCAAUAAUCCCCUCUAACAUUUCACACGCAGGAUAAAUAGCAUUUAAAUGCUCAUAUUAAAUGCGUGUGUCUUCUUUCAUUAGUAUUUCAGCUUCACAGCCUGAGGACACAGCAAUAAGUCCACGGGGCAAAAUAAUAAACAGUGGGACACUUUACGUAACUACAUUUGUUGGCAAUUGUAAAAAUCGCUGUGCUGGAAAUUUUGAUUUUAUCUUGUGAAUGCAUUUUAACGUAGCAUAACAAAAUUAAAUGUGCUAUAAAACUACACUAUGGAUGUUCUCUGCUCUUCUUUUCCAGUUUAUUAAUGUACAUAUGAAGAAGCCUGGUUCCUGGCAAUGGAAAUGUAUUUGCUUAUUAUGAGCAUUUAAAUGCUUGCUAUCCAAUAGAGGGAACUAUUGGCAUAGGAGUAUUUUAUUUACAGAGAGCACUAUUGUAUGUAUUUAAUGGUUAUUUGUUAUAGGACAUUCACUGUUGGUGAUGUAUUCAAUUCUUCAGUAAUAUAUGAAUUAUUUUUAUUCAUUUGUUUGGUAUUUUAAUUAUUAGCGUGAUUGUACAGGAGGGAACAUAGGUGAAUAGAGUUGUAAGUGUUAUUGUUGUAUUAUUACGGCAUAACAUUUUGCCAAUACUUUUUAAUAGUGUGUAUUACUUUUACUGUAUAAUUCUAUAGGCUGAGUGCUCCAUAAUACCCAGCAUUAAGGGAGUGUGCAGAUACACACAGCACAGAAGCAUCCUACAUCCAAACUUCAGUUUAUGUAAUGUUUUAUUUUGUAUGUUUAUUGGCGAUUGCCGCUAACAGAGGACACUUUAGCCACUGUAACAAUUAUAGCUGAUUGACUUUGGGUGCAAUAACCAUAUUACAUCAAACUGAGCCGUGGUACAAGCCUGAAACUUCUGUUAUUACUGAGAUAAUGUAGAAAUUUCCCUUUAGUAUUGCUUGUUCAAAGCUGUACAAGCUUGUCUUUGGAUGAAUAACACAGAAAGGAAACUUUCACAGGGGAUUGACAGAAAAAGUGAUGAUGGCACUUAAAGACUGCAUGCGUUAUAACCACUAUAAAAAUCUGUACUGUUUGUGAUGCUUAGUGUCCCUUUAAGUGCAAUGACACAGGAAUGUAUUCUGGAGACCGUUAUAUGCUUUGAAUUAAAAAAAAAAAAUUGGCAACCAAACUACAAAAACUAGUAUAAAAUAUUAGUGUAUUUGACAAUUGUUCUUUUCGGAUGGUUUUUUUUUUUUCUUUUGGUAAAGCUUCUUUGAUGAUUUCCCAUGAGUUCAUAGCACCGUGCAUGGAGAAGGUUUCAUUGUGAAUUCUUUGCCUAAACAACAAUAAAAUUGGAAUGACAGCUUACAUGCCCAUGAUUCAAGUGAGGUUACUUUUAUCUAUAGCUUUACGUUAAAGCUUGAAGACUGCUUUUCUUAAUACAGAGUGGGUCAAAUUUCAGAGUAGGAUUUGAGGAAUCAAUAAUUUUUUUUUUUUUCUUAAUGAACCAAUUUCAGUGAUAUUACAUAAAAUGAAUACUUAGCAUAUGGAGAUUUUCUUGACUAGUUACGGAAGAUGACAUCUUUUAAAUGAGCUUCAUUUGCACGCAAAGUCAGGCUCUUUCGAUUGCAUUGUUUAUAACAUUAGUUAAUAUUUGAGGCUUUAGUAAUGUACCUGUCAAAUCCUACUCUGAAUUUUAGCUCACCCAUUAUAUACACCUAAUUUGUUGUUUGUAUUUUUUCUUCAAAUCAUGAUUUUUAAUAAUUUUUUAUUAAACCUAGAUCAUUUAUAAGAGUCUUGAUUGUGUUUGUCCAAAAGUAGUUAUAGUGGAGUGCCUAGUGAAUUAUUUUAAUGUGAUACUAAUUUAUAUAAAUACCUUAUUAAAGUGAGAAUCUUAUCAAGUGCAAUCUCAAUCUUUUACAUUUUUGAGCAAAUAUUUCUAAAAUCUUAU